AUGAGUGAACUGCUAGCAAUUGGUGGAUUUGCGUUACCAGAAGUUGAUACCAAUCCUCUCUCGCCUACUAAACUGGAAGAGGUAAAGAUGCUGUACAGGAUCUAUGCCCAAGGAAUGGACCGGCUGCUUGAAUGUAACUGGUACGACACGCACGGACUAACCCAAUUACUUGGAAGCCCUCGUCUGCUGUCCUUGUACUCUUCUCUCCUCGACGGUUUCACCGAUCCAAACAUAAACGAUGCUCCGGUAAUUGCUCGUAUGGAAUCGUUCGAAAGCAAUGUCAUAUGGGAAAGUCUUUGCCUAUGCCGUGCAGCUCGAGCUCAGGAGCCGACUAAUGGAACCGACACUUCGGACUCGACAGAUCCGCAACUCAUAUAUGCUGUCAAGCGCCUAUCUCUUCUUGAAGCCUUACUUACAGGAACCGUUCUUGAAAACAAUCCCCUUUCUCGUCACAACUAUCCGGAAGAUGACCCUGCUGUCACCACAUCUGGGCUGAACACACAGAUCAAGAACCGCCAGCUAGGAUUCUGGGAGUCAAUGGGCGAUUAUCUGUCAAUUCCGGACAAUGAGCCAGGUGCGAGCGACAAACGGGACAAAGCCCUCUUCGCGGCCCGCGCGUUCCUUGAUAUGAUUGAAAGCCGUGAUGUCGUGUACUCUAUUGCCGUUGUCAGGAACAUUUCUAAAUUCCAGCCCCGAAAGUUUAAACUUCCUGUUGCCUCAGAUGAGAAGGAUCCCGCUGCAAAGCUAUAUGUAGCAUGUCGAUUCCUCGAGGAUGAAGUACGCGGGAAGGCGACUAACCAGGUCACUCGGCGUAUCUCUCAGCUAACAGUCAGAUAUUGGGAUGAACCCUACAACGUCUAA